AUGAGUUCUGAUGACUACUCAUCCUCAAGUGAGGAUGAAAACACUAGGGAAGAGCAAGUUGCUCGAUACCUUGGAGCUCUUAUGAGGCUGAAUGCCAAGAUAUUUGGUACUAAGCCCUUGGAGGAAGAACAUCCACUGCUUACCAAAGAACUCCAUGCUUUGGUUCAAAAAGAGCUACCUCAGAAGCUUUCAGAUCCUAAACGCUUUUUGAUUCCUUGCACCGUAGGCAACAUGACCUUUGAUAAGGCUCUGUGUGACCUAGGAUCAAGCAAUAACCUCAUGCCACUCUCUGUAAUGGAGAAGCUGGGAAUCCUUGAAGUACAAGCUGCACACAUCUCAUUAGAGAUGGCAGACAAGACCAUGAAGAAGCCAUAUGGCUUAGUGAAGGAUGUCUUUGUUAAAGUUGAAAACCACUACGUCCUUGCAAACUUCAUAGUCUUGGACAUUGGAGAGGAUGAGGAUGACUGUGUCAUCUUUGGAAGACCCUUUUUAGCUACUACAAAAGCCUUGAUUAAUGUAGCUAAAGGAGAAAUGGUUUUCCAAUAA